AUGGCGGCGCGCAAUGGCGACUUCUCCGAGAAGGACUUCCAUGGCCCGACGGGAGUCACCGCUGCGCCUGCGAGCGCUUCCGCGGUGGCCGCGGAAGAGUACGACUACGGGGACAGGCCAUCGAAGGUGUACAGUUCCAACCCAGUGAUCGCAGGCGUACUUCACUUCUCCAUCGGCAACCUGUCGGCGAUCUUUGCAAAGGAGUACCCCAAGUGCUUUGGGAAAACCCACCCCAACUGUAGCUACCGCCUCACGAACUCGACGACUUACACCCAGAUUGCGGGCAUCAUGGCUGGAAUGGUCUUCCUGGGUUUCUUUGCGGACCGACUCGGGCGCAAGCUUGGCUCCAUCAUUACAGCGUCGAUCAUGCUCGUGGGCGGAAUCAUGCUCACCGCCUCCGACGGGCCCACCCAGUCUGGGAUCGUGCUUAUGUACACAAUCUCCCAGGGCCCUGUCUGUACGUUUCGAACCUCUCGUGGGCCGUGUGCUGACGCCUCCACGUUGCAAACGUCCGACCGAAUCCUCGGUGCUUGUGUUCGGUGUGGGAGUCGGUGGCGAAUACCCCAUCGCCUCUUCUUCCGCGGCGAACGGGCGGAAGCGGACAAGAACCUGAUCAACAAGCGCGGCGAGACCGUGAUCUUGGUGUUCUCUAACCAGGGUUUGGGAAACGUGGUUAACGUGUGCGUGCUCCUAUUUCUGCUCGCGUGCUUCGGACAGUGGGGACCCACGUACGACCCCACGAAACUAGACUGGGUGUGGCGGCUCUCCUUCGCCUUCGGCCUCAUCCCCGUUAUGAUCAUGCUCUACAUCAGGAUCUUCAAGCUUCAGGAGUCGUCUAUCUGGACAGGCGAGCACCUCACCUCAGAACGCUGUGCUGCUCGAGACAGCAGCGCUGCCGUUCCGUUUGCCGACGCAUCGAAGCGGAACAACCUCAAGAAGGAGGGCCUCCGCGUCUCCUUUGGCGGGCGCAAAUUCCUUGUCCUGGUGUACCAUUAUUGGCACCGCCUGGCUGGAACGGCCCUUUCCUGGUUCGUUUGGGACGUGGCCUUCUACGGCAACAAGCUGUUCCAGAUGGCGCUCUCGUGGUUCGUCUGGGACGUGGUCUUCUACGGCAACAAGCUUUUCAAGAGCACGUUCAUCAACAUCAUCAUCGGCGGCUCGCCCUCGCUCAUCCAGACAUUGGAGUACACGCUGCUGAACUCCGUCAUCGCUUACGUGGGCUACUUUUUCGCCGCCUUCACCAUUGACCGCCGGUGGAUGGGCAGAACCAGGAUGCAGAUCAUGGGCUUCGCGUUCAUCUUCGUCCUCUUUCUGCUGUGCUCCAUCUACUACGAUUCGCUGACGUCAAAGAAGUACAUCGGCGUCUUCGAGUUCCUCUACUUCUUCAGCUCCUUCUGGGGACAGGCAUCUGCGCACGGCAUCGCGGCGGCGACCGGCAAGGCCGGCGCACUGACGGCCGGCAUCUGGUUCCAACACGUGGACAACCAGAGCAAGUUCACCAUUACCACAGUCUGCGCCGGAAUUGGCCUGGCGCUGACCAUUCUUUUUGUUCCCGACAUUACCGGUCUGGAUCUGCGCGAGGCCGACGCGCGCUGGGUGAUGCUCCUGGAAGGAAAGGGCCGUGAGUACCAGGGCCCCGCCGUUCAGUGGCGGAACCUUUCCGUCUGGGAAUGGCUGGUGGGCUAUGCGCGCCAAUACAACGAGAAGGCGCCCAAAGUUACGCUCGCCCACGUUCCGGAGAAGGUGCACAAGGGCGUGACGCCGGAAGUGUAA